CAGACGUAUUGCUGCUACGCGCCGUCAAGAAUUCGCAGGAGCUGGAUCUGGGCAGCCGCAUUCACAACCACCGGCCACUCUUCUUCGGACACGCUGCGCUACGAAAACCGCCAACAUGUUUUUCCUCUACAACAUGGAGCGCAGGGUUACCUUGCACCCAUCCUACUUUGGUCGGAACAUGCAUGAGUUGGUGACGAGCAAGCUGUUGAAGGACGUGGAGGGCACCUGCGCAGGAAGCUACUAUAUUAUUUCCAUUAUGGAUACCUUCGAUAUCUCGGAGGGUCGCAUUCUCCCUGGCAGUGGUCUGGCCGAGUUCACCGUCGGCUACCGAGCCGUCGUGUGGCGGCCCUUCAAGGGCGAGACGGUUGAUGCUGUGGUCUACUCAGUCAACCACCAGGGCUUUUUCGCCCAGGCGGGACCUCUGCGGUUAUUCGUGUCGGCACAUUUGAUUCCCUCCGAGAUCAAGUGGGAUCCCAACGCGACUCCGCCGCAGUUCACCAAUAACGAGGAUACCAUCAUCGAGCCGGGGACACAUGUCCGCGUCAAGGUGAUCGGUACACGUACAGAAGUCGGCGAGAUGUGGGCGAUUGGGAGCAUUAAAGAAGACUAUCUUGGCUGUCUUCAGGAUUAAGUAUCCCCUAUCAAGGGGGGGAAAGGGAGCCCGGAGAGACCGCGCCCCGUGUAGC